UGCUGCGCAAAAAAGGAGUACGGAUCAACAACACCCUCUGAAUCUCUAUGAUCUAGUAUACCGGAUGUGUGACCUCUCCGUCGCCUACGCAUGCGCGGAGACGCUGAGUAGGGGGAGGGUGGUGGCGCAGAUUCAGGCCCGGUCUGGUGCCGUUGGGCUCAGGGGCGGGUUCUUGCUGUCAUGUCGGCAGGAGGCUUGCUGGAUAAGCCGCAGAUCAUCGCGCAUACACAACACAGCUUGAAUUACACUGUCUUCGAUUGCAAAUGGGUGCCCUGCAGCGCUCGCCUUCUUUGCUUGGGCAAUUUCCCGCGCGGCACCGGCGUCAUUCAGCUCUACGAGCUGCAGGGCGGCCGCCUCAACCUCCUCCGCGAAAUUGAAAAAUCACAUCCUAUUAAAUGUGGAACCUUUGGGGCUGCUUCUUUGCAACAAAGAUACUUAGCUACUGGAGAUUUUGGUGGAAAUUUAAAUAUAUGGAAUUUGGAAGCUCCAGAAAUACCAGUAUAUUCUGUGAAGGGGCAUAAAGAAAUCAUAAAUAGCAUUGAUGGAGUUGGUGGUUUGGGAAUUGGUGAAGGAGCUCCAGAAAUUGUGACAGGAAGUCGUGAUGGGACAGUGAAAGUCUGGGACCCAAGACAAAAAGAUUUUCCUGUUGCCAAUAUGGAGCCAGCACAAGGAGAGAGUACAAGAGAUUGUUGGACAGUUGCAUUUGGCAAUGCAUACAAUCAAGAAGAACGGGUUGUAUGUGCUGGCUAUGACAAUGGGGACAUCAAGCUGUUUGACCUUAGGAAUAUGACAUUACGAUGGGAAACCAACAUUAAGAAUGGGGUCUGCAAUGUUGAAUUUGACAGGAAAGAUAUAAAUAUGAACAAAUUGGUAGCUACGUCGCUUGAAGGAAAAUUUCAUGUUUUUGAUAUGAGAACUCAGCAUCCAACUAAAGGUUUUGCUUCUGUUUCAGAGAAGGCUCACAAAUCCACCGUGUGGCAAGUUCGGCACUUACCACAGAACAGAGAUAUCUUUGUGACAAGUGGAGGAGCUGGAAACCUUCAUCUCUGGAAAUAUGAGUAUCCUGCACAGCGCUCUAAGAAGGAUUCAGAAGGAACAGAAAUGGGAAUAGCGGGAUCAGUUAGCCUUUUACAGAAUGUGACAUUAUCAACCCAGCCCAUUUCUAGUCUUGACUGGAGUCCUGACAAACGCGGUCUCUGUGUCUGUAGCUCGUUCGAUCAGACUGUGAGAGUACUCAUAGUCACAAAAUUGAACAAGAUUUGACAGGAAUUCUAACAGCAAAAAACUUUCAUGUGUGUUCUUGAACAAAGUUGGAAAUUUAAUGAGAAGAUACAAGAUGUGAAAAAGUUUUCAUGAACUGUGGAUUUUAUAUUUCUAGAAAAUGUGCCUGUAGUUUAACACAGUGUUUCCCAAACUUGACAAUUUUAAGGCAUGAGGACUUCAACUCCCAGAAUUCCACAGCCAGCAACGCUGGCUGUGGAAUUCUGGGAGUUGAAGUCCACAUGCCUUAAAAUUGUCAAGUUUGGGAAACACUGGUUUAACAUAUUAAGACCUAUUCACUGUUAUAGAUGUAUUUAUAUCCAAGCUACCUUAUGCUUAUAGCAGAAUUGUUGCAGUAUAACCAAUUUUCUUUAAAUUAAUUAUUUUAAUUAUUUUGAAUUCCCAAGUACUCCAAAUAGCCUGCUUAUUACCGUACUAUGUUUUGGAUUAAACUGAUUAAAAUUUGAAUAGCUGUUUUAAUAGAUUAGAUUUGUUUUGUUAUUGACUACCUGUUUAAACAUUAAUCUGUAUGUUCAAAUCAGUAAAUAUUCUGCCUUUAAAAACAAACGUCCUUAAAAUGUGUUUGAGGUAUUAUAGAUGUUAAUCAGAUUGAUGUCAUUUAAACAGAUAGAUGUAAUUUACCUGAUAUAUUUAUAUAAUUCUUAAGAGUGUCAAAUAAAAAAAAUUGUAUUUUUUGAAUUA